AUGCCCCAGCAGGCAUCCCUGCCCUGGCAUUCCGACAUGCAGCUGGCCGGCAAGCUGGUCCUCUCCGCCGCCGCUCUGCUCCUCCUGGCUUGGGCAUACAGGUUUUAUAAGUCCCGCUCGCUUGCCGAGGGCAAAAUCCCUCUGGCUGGCACGGGAGAGGAAAGGGAAAACGCUGCCCGGGAUGGGGAUGGGGCCGUGGGUCUGCGCCGGAGGAGGGUGCUCGGUGAGGAGUUGAGGAGGGAUGGUGGGGAUGGAGAAGUGAGUGUCCCUAGGGCACGGCACACGCCUCCCCCGGGGCAUCGAAGGCUGCCAAGGGGUCAGGAGGAGGAGGAGGAGGAAGAGGGGGAAGGAGAGGAGAUGGUUUCUGAAGCAGAGGUGACUCGUGGGAGAGAAGGGAUGGCCGGGAAGGGGAGUGAGCUAGGAAGCGAGCUGGGAAGUGAGAUGGGAAGUAAGUUUGGAAGCAAAGCGGGAAUCAGGAUGGAAAGUGAUCUGGGAAAUGAGCCGGGAAGUGUGACAGGAAGGGAACCAGGAAACAAACUGGGAAACAAGGCAGGAAUCAAGUUGGGAAGUGAGCUGGGAAACAAGCAGGGAAGUGUGCUGGCAAAUGAGCAAGGAAGUGAACUGGGAAGUGAGGAGGAAAGUGAGCUGGCAAGUAUGCCAGGAAGUGAGCCAGGAAAUGAGCUAGGAAGUGAACCAGGAAAGGAGCCAAGAAGUAGGCCAGGAAGCAAGGCAGGAAGCAAGGCAGGAAGGAAGCAGAUCUAUUCUGACCCUGGGGACACAGCCGAAAGGGUGAGCAGCUGUGGGCAGGAGGACACGCUUGCCCCGGACACCGGGCCUCCCCCUGGGCUUGCUGUUGCCCAGAUGGCACCUGAUGGACAUACCCAAAGCACGCAGCAGGAUUUGGCCAUCGGAGGCAUGAGCCUGGAGGCCAAGGGGAGCAGGGGGACAAUCCAGACCCUGACCGCCUCCUCGGACCUGGGGCUAAUGAUGACGGCGAGAGACGUGGGGUCAGAUGCCUCCUACUCUUUCUCCUCGGUCUCAAAGAUCCAAGUGGAGGAGAACUACAUCUCUGACCUGAAGGGUGGGGCUGGGAAGCCAGUCCCUGGCCUCAAAGGCAAAGUCUACGACUACUACGUCCAGUCCAUCUCCCAGUCGGUGUCGAAGAAGAGGUCUCUUCCCUACAUCCCUCCAGGAACAUCUCAGAACCGCCACCCAGAGAGGAUCAAAGAGGAGCUGCAGAGCUUUGCAACCCAGGAGCUGGAUACUGCUUCAGCAACACAAGGUCUCACCACCUCUUCUAUAGUUACAUCACCUGCAGAGAGCUUGGAUGUCUCCCCUGAGCCACCAUCUCCUGGCUGCAAGGAGAUCCUCCAGGUCACUGACAGUCCCCACCCCCAGCUGCCCAUGAAGGGUUUUGGGGUCACAGCACCAGUCAGCACACCUCCUACAAGCCCACGGCUUGGACUCUUGGCCAGCAAUGACCUCUUUCAAACCCCACCACCCACCCACGUGGAUCUGGGGAACUGCUACGAGGUCCUCUGCAGAGCCAAAGCCCAGAAACUCAGCCACCUCCAAGAGGCUGCCUACGAGGUGAUGAGCAACAACUACCUGCAGGUGCUGAGGACCCCCUCCAUCUACGGCCACCUCAACGCCGGUGAGCGAGACCUCAUCCUGCGGCGGAGGAUGAGAGGGAAGACGCACGUGGUUGUGGCCGACAUCGACGUGCAGGAGCCCGACCUCCACACCAGCCGCCUCUGCUACUACGACGACGGAGGGGACCGCUGGCACCACCUCUGCCACGUGCCCCCAGAGGUGGUCUCCCGGGGUUGCGCCAUGUGCAGCAUGUUCAACUACCUCUUCGUGGCGGCCGGCUGCGAGGGCAUGGGCGGGAGGCAGAGACCUUCCAACCGCGUCUUCUGCUACGACCCCCUGAGCAACGUCUGGAGGGAGAUCCGCCCGCUGAAC